AUGAUUUUGCCCGAAGAUACUAAACCUCCUAUAUUAGAGGAUGAAGAAGAUCUUCACUUUUCCCCCACUUUACUUUACUCCCCUUUCCCGGAACCUUCCUCUCCUUCUUCUCAAUUAACUCGACCAUUACUUUACUCAGACGACGAUAUAGAAUUAGGCCCCGCACCACCUUAUUCCGAGCAUGCAGAAUCCCCUCCUAAGUCCCGACAUCUCACUCGUCGACAAAUCAUCAAAGCACUCGUUUCUGCCGCUCUGACUUACUUGCUCAUAUCUUACUUCAUCGGACACUUUAGACGGUAUAGACCAUGGAGAGGUCGAUUUGGAAAUGGGAUGUAUGAUCCUCCUGGGGAAGACGAAUCGUUAGAUGGUACACCUAUCAAAUGCGCUUCUUUCGAUCCUGCAGAUUACUCGACGCUCCCACCGUCAGAUGAUCAACAAUCUCAACCGUCUCCGGGUGAACAAGAUGGAUAUAGACGUUCAACAAAUGUAUCAUUCCUAUUACCUACCUUCGAACCAGAACUUUUCGCUCAUCUCUUCGGCCCAGCGACCAGUGACGUCUUCUUCACCACUUACGACCCUUCUACAUUCACCCCUCCAGCUACUGCCAUCAGCGACCAGCAGGGAGACGAUGACAGUUAUGUUCACAUCACCGUAGAAGCCAUAUACGAUGUUUUCCCCUCUACUCCAUCGGACGAACCAUCCUCGGUGAACAACGCUCCCGGAUGGGACUGGCUGAUGUCCUCUCGCAUUUGCUUGAUGGAUCGUAGUCGUCCCAAUGUCAUCGCCAAAAGGUCCAAGAGUCUGUCCCAUCCUCAACGAGGACUCGGCGUUGGUGUCUAUACUUCCAUCCCCAGUGGUAAUCAGGAUGACCCCACAAAUCCACCACUAUCAUUUCGUGUCCAUAUCGCCCUCCCCAAUUCCUCCCCUCGAUCAUUCCCUGUGAGCAAAGGAUUAUUCGACAUCGCCAAUCUCGUCCAUCCACGACCUCCAACUACCCACAUUCACUCGUUUGAACUUGCUGGGGCGGCGGGCGACUUGCAUUUAGACCUGGAACAGGCUGACUUGGGAGAGUUGAGGUUGAAGAGCGGGAUGGGACAAGUGAUGUUUGAGUCCGUGAUGGUCGAAGAUUUGAUUGUGAAGGCGACUGGUAAUGUGACUGGGAACGUGACCACUGCUGGGUCGUUAUUCGUGGAGGUACCAGUUGGGGAGAUCAAACUCGAUCUAUCUUUAACCCAUCCCCCUUUCCUCAACAAAACUGUGCUCGGUGACGAGAUUCCACCUGUGGAAGUGACGAUCAAAGCAGCCAGUAACGACGUGGUCCUUCGGUAUUCCGGUUGGGAAGAGGGAUGUACGUUGAGUCAAGACAUUUUUUCCGCCGUCGGCAGCGUCACAGUAUACCCCCACCCAAUGUACGAAGGCCCUUACGCCCUUUACUCGUCCGUGGGAGACGUCAACGUCGAUGUGUCCCAUGCGGACAUACCUGAUCCCUUGAAAAGGGGAAGGACACGUAUCGUGUCUGUCAAUCAUGAUGAUAGGGUCGGUUCGAAUGCUUGGACCGGAGAGGUGGAAUGGCGAGAUGUGGAGGAAAGAGAUAACAGGCGACGUUGGAGACCUCAUCGACCACCGGGGAUGCCAGGACCUGGAGAUAGAAGGGAGAAAGGGAUAAAUGUUAAGACUUCUGUUGGGUUGAUAGAUCUUCAGCCUAAAGACUUGGGAUCACGUACUUGGUGUGCGGACAUGCCGAAAGUCGUCAUUCCCUUAGGUGUAUCGAUGUUCCCCUUGUUCCCAAGGACUUAUCUCAAUGUCUAUGUCUGUCAUACCCAAGUUUGCCCAUCUUGGAUAUUUCUGAGUGAAAGCAGUGGACUAUACACUAGUAUGUUCCUAGUUCAUCAUUCAGGGUUCUGUCGUGAAGGCAUCUCGUCCAAGGCUACUUUUCCUUGGCCAAUGUGGCUGUGA